GACUCGGUCGGUGUCCUCUUGAUUUGUUUGCCUCGUCUCGGCCAUCAUCAUCGGUCACUCUUCUCUCUCUUGUUCCAUAUCCAUCCAAAAGUUCUUCCUUUUUGUUCAAGUGCUGCUGCUCCUGCUCCUGCUUCUUCUUAAUCGACCUAAUAGUCUAAGCUAACUCAAUGCUCUUUUUACUCAUUUCUUGUGCACUUUACUUGUCCCACGUGUCAGGUGCACCAUGUAAAAUGUCACCGUUGACCACGUUUCUGACAGAUGCUCAACAGCAAACUCUGCACCAGCUUAUCGUGUCGGCUCGUGACUCUGGAGCAAAUGAAGAAAUGGUGAAGGAGAGCAUGGACGAAUAUCUUGCACAAAUUCUGUCGCCCGACCGUCUACAAGAACUAAAAACUGCUCACGACGAAUUUGAAGCACAAAGACGUGGAAAACGCGCUGCAAUUUCUGCGUCAGAUAAGCCGGAGCCCAAGAAAGUUUUCGAUAUUAUCGACCAAUUCACCAGCGAUUAUCAGAAAUUCUACGAAGAAUCGUCGGCGGUGCGAAAUCGGAAUAAUAUUAAUUAAAAUAAUUUGUAUUAUUUAUAUACGGGUUUUUUAUAAAUGUCUUGUGCAGAAUAAACUAUUAUUUGGCAAA